ACGUUCGCGUUUUGAAGUGUAUCGACCUGCUGGACCUGACCGGGGCGACAACGACGGCACUGACCGAUUGACUGUUUUCGGUAAACUCUCAACAUCGUUGGGACAAUUCCGAAUUCUUGCGCAAGACUCCCGACGACCUUCAUAACGACGCAUAGCCAUUCAAAAUUGAGUCAAUCGAAUUAAUUUUAUUUUUGGAUCAGUUGGUAACGCAAGAAACGGUUUUCUAGUGUGUGCAGCCAGUGUGAAAUCCGGUCCGGUAGAACAUUUAGUGCAAUCACCAGGUGGCAACGCGGCAAACAAUCGAAAACGAAGGAGGCCAUACGGAUAUAAACGCUUAAGGGUGGUGUAAUUUUGCCGACUGCUGCUGAAUAGUAGAACAGUAUAAACGUCCAAGUAGGCAACUGUUUUCGUGUGAAGUUUGGCAAACAGUAAAUACGGCCUACUAGUUACAGCUUGAGAACAUGAUGAAAGCCUCGUAGAACAGGCGGGCAGAUCUCAAGAUAAGGUGUUGCAUGUAUGAAUUAUUGCAACUGCUGCUGUUAUUUGGCCCUGAUGAUCGGAGUGCUUCCUAACUCGAAAGUGAUAAUGUUUUUACACAGAAAGUGAUACAUGAAUACAAACAACUUGUUGGCAGAUUAAUUAAAUUGAUUUGUAUAAAGAGGCCGAUCACUCCUGGUGAUAAUUUUCCGAGCGGAGGCUGCAGCAAAAUCACAGCGAUCACUAUGCAAACAAACGGGAACUUCUGCAACAAUCUAACCCAAAGCGAAUUCACGCAAACUCUUGACAACAGUGACAAAAGUCCCAUCACCUGCACAAAUUCUUCCGCCACUAUCUUCAGUCGGCAACCCAACCAUGCAGUGAACGAUUGCUGCAACAGUAAACAAGAAUGUGCCACAUGCAAUUGCACUAGUUUAACCAAUUCGAGCAACAAUAAUAACAACGGCAGCAGUAGUGGUGACCCAGCAGAACUGGUUUGUAGCAAACAGGACGUAUCUUACUAUAAACUGCGACAGCUACUCAGCUUCGAGGAUGCACCAAAACACCUGCAGUUCAAUCCGUUCAUUCGCAGCGGAUACCGGACCAUACUGUCUACGAAGCUUUGCUUGGAGAGCAUGUUCUGGUGGACGAACGAAACGUUCAAUAUCUGGAGUCACGUGUUCGGGUGCUUUCUGUUCAUCGGUCUGGCCUAUUCGGAUAUUGUCCUACUGCAGAUGCAUGCUAGCAUGAUUGAUAAGAUAAUUGUUGGGGCUUUGUUGGUUUGUUUCCAGGUGUGCAUGAUCCUGUCUUCCAUUUACCAUACUUUCUCCUGUAAAUCGGAGCAAAGUUAUGAGUGCUUCCUAGCGUAUGAUCUGUUCGGAAUAGCAUUGUCACUCUUAGCCAUCUUCAUCAGUGGCAUCUAUUACGCCUUUUGGUGCAAUGCGGAACUGCGUAAUUUCUACAUUAUCACAAUUGGAGUGAUAUUUACUGUAGCAAUGAUCCUGCAGAUUCCUCGACUUAAGGUGAACUCCAACGUCAAGAUGCUUGCUUUUGUCGCCUGGGCCGCUUAUGGUGUCGUACCAACGCUCCACUGGUACAUUGUGAUGGGUGGCGCAGAAAGCACCAUGGUCAAGUUAUUCAUUCCACGUGUGAUGAUAAUGUAUUUAUUGACCGGCACAGCCUUUCUGAUCUACGUCACAAGGAUACCGGAACGGUGGUUCGCUGGAAAAGUGGAUUAUAUUGGGCACUCGCACAACUGGUGGCAUGUGUUUGUUCUGGCAGCUCUCUACUAUUGGCACAACAGCGGUUUGGCCUUUGCAUUUUUCAUGAUUGAUAACGGAUGCGUUGAAGAUAGAGAUAAAUGUUAUAGAUUGUAAAUAAUAAAUCACUAUAGGGAAAACAGUUCAACUAUAUUUACCAACUUAAUCGAUUUUGUGGCGCCUUCCUAUAUUAGUCAAUUACUUAUACCGUAAUGAUUCCGUGUAAUACAUUCAAAUGUAAUCAAGUUUUGGUGGAAGCAGAUUACUACACCACAAGUGCGAACUAGUUAAUGUAAUUUUGGUAAAAGUAUAGGAUCUAAUCGAGAAUACAGUAUUUUAUUUGAAUUCAUAAAUUAAGGGUAAAACACAAACUAAAACUACUAUCUAAUUUAAAAUAAAAUUUGAUUUUGUUAUGGGACGUCUCAGAAAUUAAAAGCACAAAUUAAAAAAAAAACUUUAGGUUAGAUUUGCUUAUAUCAUCCCUAUACGAUUAUAGGCGAAGUGACGGCUUUGACUGGCUUUUACCUAUCUUUGUCAGUGGGUUUUUAAGACCUAUUCUGCCUGUAAUUGCUCACAUGUCCCAUAUGAAUAGGAAACCCAGCAAAGAUGGGACAAAUAUGCGUAUGCGUUUACAGGCAGCGCUUAGCCGUAAGGUUCAACGAAAUAUAAACUACUUUGUGCAUUGAAGAAGCAUAAUAAGGUCUAAAAAAAUCAGAUUCUUGUAGUGAACAAUAUGCUUGUCACCAUUUCUUAAGGUGUCUAACUGUGUUGCACCACUUAUGAACUGAGAAGUGAUUGCUAAACCUUCUUCUGACAAGUAGGAUAAUGAAAGAAUUAUGCCUCCAUGCCAACGGACAGCAAAAAAUAAAAAGAGAUAUUUCUGAACGCCAUACUUACGCCUCUAAGUACUUUUUUAACGAUUGUUUUGUCGAUUUUGGACAUGUUUAACAAUAAUGGACUCAAUUAUAACCCAAAUGUUAAAUGAGGAGAAUCCACCCCUCCAUAAUGUGCGGACCGAAUUAAUUAUGUAAUGGCAACCAACCUAAAACGUACUUCUAUUUUCUGGGACACCCUAUUGAAAAACUAUGGUUAUUGAUACACCAAAAAGGUAAUACAGACCCUAUUCAACUUCGGUAAUAUACGAUUUUGGCAUCAGAAUCAUUCAAUUUCUCCAAAACAGAACAAAAUUUACAAAGCUUAUACAUAAAAGCAGCGGUUCUCAACCUGGGGUACAAGUACCCCUGGGGGUACCUUCGCUAGCCCCAGGGGGUACCUCGAACAAGGACGCGUAAUGGUGGAUAUAUUACAAUUUAUAAAGUUUUGAUAAUUGUGUAUUUUUUUAUUCUGUCUAUUCUGUACAUAAUAUGCAUGGAGAUUAGUAAAUCAAAAUCCACAGUGUAUGGAAGGCUGUGCGACAAAGAAUCAAAUGGACAAAACGUUGAAUGAACAAAUUUAAAAUCUGCUAUAUAAUCUACCUGCUCGAAACAGAAUAUUGAAUAAUAUGUUAACAACAUGCAUCUGAACUGAAAUCUAGAGUCUGAAGGUACGGAAUCCUCAGUUGCUUCGUUGCAAAAGGAUUGGAAGCAUCCUCUUUUCAAAUGGCUCGGAAGCCUCUUUUCAAAUGGCUCGUGAGCUUUUUUUUUCAAGAGGCCCGGAAGCUUUCCUUCACAAGACACAAAAUUCUUCCUCCAAAAUGCUUGGAAGCGCACUUUCAAGAGGCUUAGAAGCCUCUUUUUGAGUGGCUCGAAAGUCACUUUCAAGAGGCUCUGAAACAUCCUUUCAAGAUGAUCGUAAGCCUCCCUUCAAUAGGAUUGGAAGCCUCCUUUCAAGAGGCCUUGAAACAUCACUUCAACAGGCUUGGAAUCCGCCUUCUGGGAGGCUCGCACUUCUUUUUUCAAGACCGCAUUGUUUGCUAAUUUUGGACACUUAGUGACGAUUAGUCUUCUUGAACGUAAAGCCAGUGAUCAAUUUUCAGGAAUACGAGAUUCUCAAGGUUCUCCAAAACGUUCUCAAGUUCAGUUCACGGUAUCUACCAGAUCGACCAAGGUUUUAGCAAUCCCAGAAAAAAUAUUUUAAGCUCUUUUUAAUGGAAUGUAUUCAACCGUCUAAGACGAGUUCAGUACUUUCCAUUUAAUUCCACUAAGUGUUGUUAUCUUUGCAGAUACGUAUUUCGACUUCAGUGUCUCGUACUUGCAAGUCGAGUCAAGUACGUCAAGUACGAGAAACUGAAGACGACCUCACAGUUGAGGUCGAAAUACGUAUCUGCAAAUGAUCUUGAGUCUUGAUCUGGAUGCACAAUGACUAAGAAGGUGU